CUUCGUGACGCUGGAGCUGCCGUACUCGCACGCUCAGGCCAGGGCCUCCCUCUCGGGGCCGGGCCUGCGGCGGUGGCUCGGGCUACAGAACAGGGUAGCGAGUGGCCGCCGAGGAACAGCGGCAAACCGGCGGGGGCGGAAAAUGGCGGCGGCUUCGGAGGAGCUAAAUGGCGCCGGGACCCCUGGGGGUGGGGUGGGCCAGGAGCUUCGGUAAAGAAUUAGGCCCGGGAAUGUGGAGAGCAAAGUGUUACAGAGGUAGGAACAUGGGGAAGAAGCAAUCUGGAUAACAUGAGAGUAAUGCUGGUGGCUAAGAGAAGGCGACGUGACUCUGUGGGAAGGGCUAUAGCUGAUCCAUCUGUUUUCUAGAUUUGAGUAUGAGCACAGUUGAAGAGGAUUCUGACACAGUAACAGUAGAAACUGUGAACUCAGUGACUUUGACUCAGGACACAGACGGGAACCUCAUUCUUCAUUGCCCUCAGAAUGAAGCUGAUGAAAUAGACUCAGAAGAUAGUACUGAACCUCCACAUAAAAGACUUUGUCUCUCUUCUGAGGAUGAUCAGAGUAUUGAUGGUUCUACUCCUUGCAUAUCAGUUGUUGCACUUCCACUUUCAGAAAAUGAUCAGAGCUUUGAGGUGACCAUGACUGCAACCACAGAGGUGGCAGAUGAUGAGAUUACUGAGGGAACAGUGACACAGAUCCAGAUUCUACAGAAUGAGCAACUAGAUGAAAUAUCUCCCUUGGGUAAUGAGGAAGUUUCAGCAGUUAGCCAAGCAUGGUUUACAACUAAAGAAGAUAAAGAUUCUCUGACUAACAAAGGACAUAAAUGGAAGCAGGGAAUGUGGUCCAAGGAAGAAAUUGAUAUUUUGAUGAACAAUAUUGAACGCUAUCUAAAGGCUCGCGGAAUAAAAGAUGCUACAGAAAUCAUCUUUGAGAUGUCAAAAGACGAAAGAAAAGAUUUCUACAGGACUAUAGCAUGGGGUCUGAACCGGCCUUUGUUUGCAGUUUAUAGAAGAGUUCUUCGCAUGUAUGAUGACAGAAACCAUGUGGGAAAAUAUACACCUGAGGAAAUUGAAAAGCUCAAGGAGCUCCGGAUAAAGCAUGGCAAUGACUGGGCAACAAUAGGGGCGGCGCUAGGAAGAAGUGCAUCUUCCGUCAAAGAUCGGUGCAGACUGAUGAAGGAUACUUGCAACACAGGGAAAUGGACGGAGGAAGAAGAAAAGAGACUUGCAGAGGUAGUUCAUGAAUUGACGAGCACUGAACCAGGUGACAUAGUCACCCAGGGUGUGUCAUGGGCAGCUGUGGCAGAACGAGUGGGUACCCGCUCAGAAAAGCAAUGUCGUUCUAAAUGGCUAAACUACCUGAACUGGAAACAGAGUGGAGGUACUGAGUGGACCAAGGAAGAUGAAAUCAAUCUCGUCCUCAGGAUAGCAGAGCUUGAUGUAGCUGAUGAAAAUGACAUAAACUGGGAUCUGUUAGCAGAGGGAUGGAGCAGUGUCCGUUCACCACAGUGGCUUCGAAGUAAAUGGUGGACCAUCAAAAGGCAAAUUGCAAACCAUAAGGAUGUUUCAUUCCCUGUCUUAAUAAAAGGUCUUAAACAGUUACAUGAGAAUCAAAAAAACAACCCUACGCUUUUGGAGAAUAAAUCAGGAUCUGGAGUUCCAAACAGUAAUUCCAAUUCCAGUGUGCAGCAUGUCCAGAUCAGAGUUGCCCACUUGGAAGAUAAUGCAGCCAUCUCUCCAAGCCCCAUGACAGCCUUGCAGAUUCCAGUCCAGAUCACCCACGUUUCUUCAGCAGACUCCCCUGCUCCUACUGUUGACUCGGAAACAAUAACACUAAACAGUGGAACACUACAGACAUUUGAGAUUCUUCCAUCUUUCCACUUACAGCCAACUGGCACUCCAGGCACCUACCUACUCCAAACAAGCUCGAGCCAAGGCCUUCCCCUAACUCUGACAGCCAGUCCCACAGUAACCCUGACAGCUGCUGCUCCUGCUUCUCCCGAACAAAUCAUCGUUCAUGCUUUAUCUCCAGAACAUUUGUUGAACACAAGUGACAAUGUCACCGUGCAGUGUCACACCCCAAGAGUCAUCAUUCAGACUGUUGCCACAGAGGACAUCACUUCUUCCAUAUCCCAGGCAGAACUGACAGUAGAUGGGGAUAUUCACUCCUCUGAUUUUCCUGAGCCUCCAGAUGCACUAGAAGCAGACACUUUCCCGGAUGAAAUUCAUCAGCCUAAGAUGACUGUAGAGCCUUCAUUUAAUGAUGCUCAUGUAUCCAAAUUCAGUGACCAAAACAGCACAGAAUUGAUGAAUAAUGUUAUGGUCAGAACAGAAGAAGAAAUUUCUGACACCGACCUUAAACAAGAAGUGGAAUCACCCUCUCAUUUAGCCCAUGCUUAUGUUACUGAGGAUUUAGAGUCUCCUACCAUAGAAGAACGGGUUGAUCAAACAACAAUUGAUGAUGAAACUAUACUGAUCGUUCCUUCACCACAUGGCUUUAUCCAGGCAUCUGAUGUUAUAGAUACUGUAUCUGUCUUGCCUUUGACAACACUAACAGAUCCCAUACUCCAACAUCAUCAGGAAGAAUCAAAUAUCAUUGGUUCAUCUUUGGGCAGUCCUGUUUCAGAAGACUCUAAGGAUGUUGAGGAUUUGGUAAACUGUCAUUAGGUACUUCUUAGAAACGGGUAGUUCAGGCAGAGAAACCACACUGUUAAUUAUAUCUCCAAAGAAAUAGGAGCAACCCCAAAAGGCUUAAUUUACCAUUCCUCUGGCUUUUAAAUAGCUACAAAGCCACAUACAUUGUUGCUGCUAUGACUUUUUACCUCCUUAAAUAUAUCAUCUGAGGUCUAGUCUUAUGACAGUGUAUAGUUGAGUGUAAAAUGUGGGGUCUUACCUGCAUAAAUCCCUAUGAUUAGUGUUAUUUGUCCACAGGAAAUUUUAUUUACUUCAGCUACUAAGAAAAGUUUAAAAUCACCAAAGCUUAAUUACUCUGCUCUAAAAGUAGUACUUCAUCCCUAAAGAACGGACAUGGCUUCCUAGUCAGUCUCAAGUAGACCCGUUUAUAUUUCAGAGAAGUCAGAUCAGCAAGGUCCACAGCUUACCAGUAAACCUCUCCAAAGAGAUUAAAUAUCAUUAGUUUGGGAUUUGACCAUCAUACAGUACAGAGACCUAGGAGGUGAUUGUGUGACAGUUCCUUUUGGUUUACCCAUUGCUGGCAGUGGGAGCACAUUUAGCCUAGGUAGAAAGAAAAGCAUUAAAGGAGUUAAGAAAAUUCACUACAGGUUUUUUUUUAUUAUUACUUUAAAAGGGAACGAGUGAAAAUAGUAACAGUGAGAGUAGUAACAGAAAGAAUUCACCAGAAGCUAAGUAGAGUUAUAACCCCCUUCCCCCACCCAGAACCACUGUCAUCAGUUUACAAAGUUAGCACUUUGAAGUAAAAUUAACCUAAAUGAAAAAGGAGGUAAUGGUGCCUGUACCACGACCAUUUCUUACAUGUUUUGCUAUAUAAAUUGCCCAGAAAACAGUUGAGGAGGGUAUCAAAGUUUGUUGUUCACUUAGUGCAUUAGCUGGUGGGGAUUGGAUGUAACUUCUCCCUCUCAGGCAAUUUUAAAAAAAUAAACAAAAUUUACUUGUUAUGAAAGGAAACAAAUCAAGAGUCAUUCCUAUACUAGAAAAGGUUAAGCCAAAACUAGCCUCUAGGGCUUUAAUGAAUAUGAUCCCUAUAGAAAGUCACAAAAAAACCCCUUGUAUAAAUUAUUUUAUUUAUUAUUGUAAUUAGGUAUUCACAAUCAAAGUUGUCUUUUCACCAUCUGUGUUUUGUUAACGUGAGAUUAAAUUGUAGUAAUAAGCAAAAGUUGGUUGCCUAGGGAACAAUAAUUGUAUAUUCAGUUUAACAGAAAUAAAAGAUUAUUUGUCUUAAAAUGCAAGAUUGUUACAUAGCCUUUCGCCAUGCAGUAAUAACAUUAUAAAAAAUUUUCAUUUCAAAAGUGAAAAUUACUUGUGCUCUUGGAAUAUUUGAGUGCAGCAUUAGGUCCUCAAAGAAAAGCAAAGUGAUAUGUCUCCCCCCGAAAAAGGGAAUUGAGAUUUACAAUUAACAUGAAAAUCAUGUAUUAGACUUCUGUGGGAGCUUGUUCGGCAUACCUUAUCCAGCUCUUAUUCACAGUCCUAAUAUUAUCGUGUUGAAGAGAUCUGAUAAGUAUUUCUCCUUGGCCGCCUCAUUUUCCCACAUCAUGGAAGUACAGGUUUGCACAUAUACAUAACAUGAUGAUAGAAAAUAAGAUAUAGUAAAUUAGAUUUCUAAAUUUCGGUUCUAAGUCUCCUUGUCGGUACCAGUAGAUCUAAAAAAAAAAAAAAAAUUAAAUAAAAGUUUAAGUAAUAGCCACUGGACAGAUGUUAAAAAAUUAAAAAUUUAAAUACAACUAAUUUUUCCACUGUGACCAAUUUCAUCAGUAUAUGCUUUUCCUCCUAAAUGAGGCAGGCUUUAUAUUCCUGAGACUAACACAGCCAGAAUUUCUUUUUCUUCAUAACUGAAGUAUCAACUGAGUUUUCACAUCCAAAGUCAUACUAAUUCUUGCUUUCUCAAUUAACUUUUUCUAUGUUUAAACCUAUAGAAUCCACCAAUUCAUUGGAAAAGCCAUGGAGGAAUAUAUACUUUCUAAGCUUAUUUUAAAUAUAUUUGGGUAAAAGGUACAACUCUUUCAGGUCUAAGAAGUUAAUCAACUGAUAUUCAUAUUGCCAAUACAAAACAGGGCUUACAUAAUGCAUAUAUCACUGUUGGGUCACUUCUGGUAAUGGGGCUGGAGGUGGAGGGCAUCUCCAUUGCUCCAUUCCAAUGGCUCCCAAAGUGGGAUGAGCCCAUUCUUUCUUAGGUCAUAGGAGUAUAGCAAAAUCAGAAGCUUGGAGAUAUCCCUUAGUUUAAUAUUAGAUAAGCACUUUACUGUUAUGAUUUAAGCUCUAUGUAAAGCAAAACAGCUGUUUUUAAGGGUUUACUGUUUUAGAUUCUGCCUUUCCUUGAGGGAAAUGGAAAAACCACCAACUAAUGAAUUGGCUAAACACUUGGCAAUCAUCCAACUGAGCCUCCACCACCAUGUUUCUUUCUUUACCCUAUAAGAAAGGCUUCUGUAUAAGUAAAAUUGAAUAUUCUAUAUAAGGAUAUAACUGCAGCUUGAGGUUUCACAGGAAAUCUUGCUAUUAAUUACUUUCAUUUUGGGAAAUAAGAGCAAAGAUUAGCUUUUACCUUUUCCCUAAAGAGAACAGCAUGUCUUAAUGUCUACUGGUCCCUGUAUGUGGUCCUCAAAGGAAGAUGAGUUAGGUAAACUAUAUGGAAUUUUUGACUACCUAAGUCUUUUCUUCCAUUUUUCAACUGUCAAGGGAAUAGUUUUCACAUAGGUUUACCACUUUAGGAUUGGGGGUGGAGGUGUGGUGGAAACUCAUAUUUUGUUUUUCUUUAAAUGCCCUGCAAUCACUAUUGAGAAUUAUGACAUGGUAGAGGGGGUAUGUUCUAUAGACCCAGGCCUAGUAACCAUUCUAGGCACUGCAACCCUUAGCCCUCAGGAUACUCCAUUUAAAUUCUAAAUAGUACUCACAAGUAUGCAGGCAGUAAUACUACUCAAAGAGAUGCAGACAGCAAAAAAUAUAUUGAGUGGUUUUGGAGGUAGUUGAGGGAAAACAAAAGCACUGAUCAGCGUUACCUGUACAAAGAGAAAUUAUGUCAGGCCUCGUGAGUAAUUCUAAGAUGGUUAGCCUGUAGUCCGGGCAAUGUAAUAUUACAAAAUGCGUCAUAUUAUAAAAUGAUAUCUAACACAAGAUUUGUCUUCUGGAACAUUCAUGUAACAAAAGUUGUAAAUAUGUUCAAUUGUAGGUUUUGUGCUUUUCCUAACCUUUCAUACAUACUUACGAAAAGAGGCCAAAAUAUCAUAGUGGAGUAAAAUUAACCUCAAAAUAACCUCUCCAUUAACAGCUUAAAAAUCAUUUAGGCAUCAUUCCCAGGAUUGAUGAUUAUUUUGGGAAACAUUUUAACCUUUUUGUUAUUUUGAAUACUCCAAUUAGAAAUGCCCAAACUUGUUUUGCUUAACAUUAUGAAAAAUACUGAGAAACUGGGUUGUAAUAUCCUAUAGUUCUCUUUCUACCAUAGAAAUAUCCAUUCUUUUCAUAAACUCAUUGAAACAAACUUGACUAACAUUCUUUUAAUCAGAUGUGCCACAGAAUUGUCAUUCUUGGGACACACAGCUAGGUUUUUAUUUAACUGUAAUAUCACUAAGCUAUAAAAACCAAGAUGAAAAGUCACUAUAUGUUGACCAAGUAAUCUUUUUAAACCAGAGGAUAAUGAAUCUGGUUUAGGAACAAAGUUAACUUAAGGUACUAGCAGAAAUCAGGCAUUAGGUAAACUAUAAGAAAAGAAAGUUGCUGGUAACCACUGACAUAUUUACAAAUGUAUUAGGGAACAAACAUGACAAACUCAGAGAACCUAGUUGUUGAUUUCAUAUAAUAAAUUGGGGGUGGGGUAGAAAUCAUUUUAGCUACUACAAUUUUGUUUCAGUGUUAACAUGGCAUCUAAAGUGUUAACAGAACAAACCAAUACUUCACAUACUGGUAUACUGGCACAU